AUGGACAACAAUAUCGUAAUCGACAAAAUAAAAAUAUCAAACCUUUACCAAGAUACGAACCAGAUGACUUCAACUUAUAAAGGAUUACUCAUGAUGGAAAACACUAAAGAAAAGGGAACUGAUCCGGAAAAUACCAAACUUCAAUAUCUCUAUAAUAUUCUUCAAGAACAAUUUCAGCAGAAGUUUAAUGAAAUCUAUCAAAAUAGCUGCCGUAAUCGUAAUAACUUGCUAACACUUAUUGAGUGGAUAUCGCAUGAUAAUCCUACUGUAGCAGCUAACUUAAUACUACAAAGGAACGACGUAACCGCAAAACAUAUCAAUGGAAGUCUCCAAAUUGCACCCUGCAAAGCGAACAACCUCGAAUUGAAGUUAAUAAAAUUUAUCAGUGGCAUUAUCGAUCACUUUGAGAUUGAAAGAAUAAAUGCUGAGCUAGAAAUCUUAUCACAACAACGGAACUACAGCAAUUAUCAAUCCAAACGGCCAGAAUGGAAUAUCUGGAAAGAAAUCAAUCAAGAAGGCACCGAACUAUCAGAACAAAUCGGAGAUGGGGUCAACAAAAUGACCGAACUAAUACAAGAAGAACUGGACAACUUUGUGAUGCAUUGGCGACUCAUCAUUUUUGGUGUUUGUGUUUUCAUAAUCUGUUUGGUAAUAAUUAUUAUUAAGGUGAAAGUAGAAUUACUCUGUUUCAUAUUUCAUUUUUCCUGUAUUAAACGUUCAAAUCGAACGACAAACCCGACUGAAAUUGAAUUAGCUGUUUCACUAAAAACCAAAAUACAUUUAUUAAACGACCAAAUCAUAUAG